CAACUAUUCAGCCCUGUCUAGAAGCUCAGGCAUUCCGUUAAGGUAUCUAAUCGCACUUGAACUAUAGCUGGAUUACUUUCACCAACUUGUAUAUAUUCACCCAUGGAAACACGUAUCCAUAUUGGGAAUAUCUCCCCAAAGCUUUAUGCUUCUCAUCAGACCCUCAGCACCCGUUUGGCCAAGUUUGGUACAAUCACCAAGGAGCUUGAACUCCACUCCAAACCUCUCCAAGACCACUACUAUGGCUUUGUCACCAUCCAACUCCCAGAAGGAGGGUUUGAUAAAUUAAAGUCGUCUUUCAACGGAUUAUUAUUCAUGGGAAUGAAACUCACCAUCAGCAAAGCCAAGCCCGACUACAAAGAAGCCUGGGAGAAGGACCACAAGCGUCCAGACGCUCUUCGGUCAGAGAGAAUCAAGCAGGAUAAUGUCAGUAGAGCAAGAGAUGCCAGAAUCAAAGAAGCAUCUACAUUAUACCCAGUGAACUCCUUGAACGGCGAGUUGACCUCUGGCCGUACCGUUUUCAACCCUAACGGAUUCAUGAAAUCCAGUCAUAUGUACAAGGAUAUUUCAGGAAACACCAAGAACAAACCUCCAUCUAGAACGUUGAUAGGAACAAACUCAUAUGGUUCUAUAACAAAGCCAUUUAAUAAAACACAUGUGCAUGCAUAUUCACGUUUAUCUGGAGGUGGUGAGGUGAUCAAAGGAAGAAUGAGAACGACAGAGCGUUCUGCCCUUGAUAGAAAACAACAGACGCUCAGAAUCUUGAUUAACGGAGAAUUGAAGACAUUCAAGAACUAUAAGACUAAAUUGUGGGGCUUAGAAAACAAAUCAACUACUGAAUUGACUUGGAGAUAUGUUGACGGGGCAUGGAAAAGUGGAGAUGACCAUCUCAUUGAGAGACAUAGAAAAAGGGUAUUGGUAAACGACCCAAUUUUGGGAGGUCCAAAUGAUGGUAAAUGCGGUAUUGAUAGCGCAGGCGUUGCCUCGUAUGGAAAAGAAGGAGUACAUGAGGAAGACGAGGAGUUCAUCCAGGAGGAGAUGAAGAACAAAUCCAUUUUAGCAUCCAUUUUAGACAAGCAUGAUUUCGAAAAACCGGUUGAAAUCGAAGAAGGUAAUGGCAUUGAAAAAGAAGAUAUCAUCUUUGACAACAAGGGCAGAAGAAAAGUGGUCAGAUAUGAUUAUGAAGCUGAAGGUGGAGCCCAGGGCUUGGUUGAAGAUGAAGGCAUCGAGACUUAUGACUACAACAAGGCCACUCAAAUUUUGAGCCAAUACAAGGGCGACCUUGACAAACCUCAAGAAGAAACCUACUAUGAUGAAGAUGAUGAAGGUAAUGAAGUGGACUUCAGUAGUUUGAAGCCGCAAGAGAAGGUGGAGAACUUCGAAGACUAUAACGAAGACUACAACCAGGACUACAACCAAGACUACACUGCUGCUAGCAACGACAACAAUGUUCCAACUAACUAUCAAGAAGAAUACUACGAGGAAGUGGAAAACAAAGCUGAUGAUUCGGAAGAAGAAUUUAUUCCUACUUUUGGUGCCCCCAACAAUACUGAGACUUUGAGAUCGUUAUUCAAUCCCGAAUCCAAGGAUUCGUUCAAAUUGGCUCUUUCAGAAGAGGACGAAGACGUGGAUGAACAGGCACAAAUUAUCGAUGCAGCUGAGCAGGAGGCGCUCUUGAAACAGAUCAGAGAUAAACAACAAGAAGAGACUCUUUUAAAGCAGUCCCAAAAGUACGGACUCUUUUGGCCACAUUUAGACUCGCCUUUCCUCCAAACCCAGACCCAAUUGAACAAGAUUGGUGGUGUUGCUGAGACAAUAAAGUUGCCGGGAGAAACCGAGGAGCUUGUCAUUCAAGAAGGAGAGGAGUCUGCAUACGAGCAAUGGUUCUGGAAGAUGAGAGGUGAAUUCUCUAGAGAGUGUAAGAGAAGAAAAAGAGAUGUCCAGAGAAUAUUCAAGAAGAAAUCGACCAGGUCUUUUGUGGCGUAGUCAUGGUGUACAUAACAUAGUAUUAAUAGACAGUUCAAAAUC